UCCGACCUUAACUUUGUCCCUUUUUAAUAGGACUAGGAUGUUAGAAUUUGGUACAUUCAGAAAGAAUAUGCUUUUUUUCUUUCUCUUUUCUUAUUAUUGCUUCCAUUUCCAUCUAUAAUUGCAAAUUGUAUUUUUUUUUUAAUCUGGGUUAUAUCAGAACUGGAGAGUUUAGAUAUACCAGAGGGUGUAGGGGCGUGUCAAAUUGUAGAGCCUCACGUUUUUGUGGGGUUCAUGUUCUGAGUCUUCAACUUAUGCUUCAGCUUUCAUAAUUUGUGAUUUGGGUAGUCUGAGAAUUGGGGUUAGCUUAAGAUGUAUGCCGUAGGAAGGCUAGGCAACUAUAUAACCAGAGGUGUCUACACUGUCUCUGGCCCAUUUCACCCUUUCGGUGGUGCUGUCGAUAUUGUUGUGGUCGAACAGCCCGAUGGGACCUUCAAAUCGUCGCCUUGGUAUGUUCGGUUUGGGAAAUUUCAAGGGGUUUUGAAGGCUAAACAGGAGAUGGUUAACAUUAGUGUUAAUGGAGUUGAGUCUGAUUUUCAUAUGUAUCUUGAUCAGAGAGGACAGGCUUAUUUUCUCCGGGAGAUACAAGUGGUUGAUGGAGAAUCUAUUUCAUCAUCUUCUGGUGAUGACACGGAUGAACUUUCCCAGAAAAGUAGGAGACCUGUGAAGCCCAAAAGCUGCAAUUGUGAUAGCGAUAAGUUCAGUUCAGGUGACAAGAUUGAUGAGUGUAAUGGAAAAAUUGUGGCCAGGAGGAACUCUCGCCGCUCAAGAAUAUUUGGUCUUGUUUUUGGACGGAGGUCCAUGAAGGAAGAUGGUUAUCGAGAUGAAGGUGGUAGUUCAAUAAGUUCGUUGGAGCGUGCAGAGAUUGCCGCAAACCUCUUGGAUGUGAAGUGGUCUACUAAUCUUGACCCUUCUAAUCUUAGGAAAGAUGAUGCUUCGCAGUUUUCUGCUUCAGAUGCAUCUGGUGGUAAACAGGACACAAAUAUACAGACCAAUGAAGAACAAAGCCAGGUGGAUUUACCUUUGCAGGAUGCCACUGUGAACAGUGUGGAUCAGUGUACUAAUAUGCAAAGGAGCAACAGUGUUCCGUCUGGGUUGGGGAUCCAAGAAUAUUAUAUGGAGGAAACUAAUGUAGAAAUCUUGAGUUUAGAAUCCAGUAAACAAAUAGUUAAGAAUUCUCUAUCGCUCAAUGCAAAAAGUACUUUAGAAGAAGAACUCGAAGAAAUUUAUGAAAUAUCAAGAAACAUUGAUGAACAUAGUUUACAGAAUAUUAAUCGAGAUAGCAGUGCUAUGGGUGUAUUCUCUGAGGUUACUUAUCCUGAAAAGAAGUUUGAUGUUGAAUUGGUAUGUGGUGAAAACAAUGCUGCAUUAACUGAAUUUGACAUGUCUGAGGAGAGCAGAUCUGAUAGAGUUCAAUCCUUCAUUUACUGCGAGACAUCUGAAAACUCAGUACUGGGUUUGGAUGGUUCAAAAGAAAAACCCGAGGAAACACUGUACUUAUCUGGUGGAGGACCCGGAGAAGUUUUCUUUUGUUCUAAAGCUUUACAUGUGGCUACUGAGCUAGGAUCAGAGGAUAGAGUUACUCAGCAAGCUGAGAAAAUAGAGUUGGAUACAUUACACUCUUGUGAUAACAACCCUCAACAAACAGAUCCAUCUCCUCCUUCCAUAUGUGGCCAUGAUGAGCUGAACCUUAAAGUGUCGAUGACAGUACCAGAGUCCUGUACCGAAAUGGUCACUAUGGACUCUAUACGUGAUUUUGUUGAAGUAAAGUCAAAUAAUAUUAGCUCCAGUUCUUGUUGUGGUAACUCAGAUCAUCAAAUCCGAAAGGAGAUAAAUCUUGGGAAAAAGAUCAAUAGGAAUGAUGUCCAACCUGCAUUCGAAUCAAUGGGUGAUAAUGAACAAAUUAACAGCAUUGAUGGCCUGAGAAAGACAAUGAGUGCUCCAGCAUCAGGGAGUUCAGAGGAAGAACAAUUCUUCUUUAUUGAUCUUGAUGGUAGAAAACAAAGAGAGAACGAGGAUGAGCCAAAUUUCCCAGUUUACAUUAAAGGGGAUUGUCCCUCAUCUCAUCUGGUAGGCUCUGAAGAAGAGAAUAGGCCUGUCAAUACAAAUAAUGAGUGUAAUUUAUCUCACAACAGCUUUUUCCAAAACAAUCAAUUGGCUGGUUGUGUAAACGUUGACAAUCCAAAGAUAGCAUCAAGUCCCAUUUCAAUUCCUAAACUAAAUAGCACUCCUGAUACAGAAGUCAGGCGGUUGGCAAAAUCAUUACCCGAUAUCUGGUCAUGCAUAGAUAAUCUAGAUAAAGAGGAAGUACAGCAUCGUUUAUGCCAUUCGCUAGACUCGAAUUCCAAAUCCAUGGACUGGAAAGUGCAUAUCAAGGAUGAGUUGUGCUUGAUAAACUCAUAUGCGGACUAUGGUAUCCAGCCAUCAUUGGAGCACUCUAACGAAGAAGUUCCUCAUCAUUCAGAAGUGAUGAGAAGUGCUGUUGUCAAUCUUGCUGUUGAGAUAUCUCUUUGUAAACACCUGUUAUAUGAAGGAAUGGGAGCUGAAGCUGCUUCUCAAGCAUUUGAUGCUGAAAAGCUGGACAUAAACAAGUUAACUUCUAUAGGUCCUACAGUUGUGAAGAAUGAUAGGCUUAUUGUUAGAAUUCGUGGCUAUUACUUCCCAUGGGAUGCAGCUGCCCCUAUUGUUUUAGGAAUGGUUGCAUUUGGAAGUGAAAUGGUAUUUGAACCAAAAGGCAUAAUCCCUGUUGACCAAGUUGAGAAAUCUCUUGUAGGGGAUCCAAACGCCAUUAUUGCUACUGGUGGAAGCUGGAGACUUUGGCCUUUCUCUUUCAGAGGAUCAAGAUCUAGGAAGGCCACGCAGACAACUCCAACUGAGACUGGAAGAUCUGAUAUAGAGAAUGUUUCAGACAGCAACGUGGCUAUAGGUACUGACAAAACUGUGGUUAAGCCCAAGGUCUUGAAGAAGAUGGUAAGGGUGAAUACCCCAACAUCUGAAGAGCUGGCAUCGUUGAAUCUGAAAGAAGGGGGUAAUGUGAUAACAUUCACAUUCUCUACCGCUAUGCUAGGAAGGCAGAAGGUUGAUGCUAGAAUUUAUUUGUGGAAAUGGAACACUCGCAUAGUGAUCUCAGAUGUCGAUGGGACAAUCACGAGAUCAGAUGUUCUUGGUCAGUUCAUGCCUUUGGUUGGGGUAGAUUGGUCACAAACAGGGGUUGCACAUCUAUUUUCAGCUAUUAAGGAAAAUGGGUAUCAAUUUCUUUUCCUAAGUGCACGUGCAAUUUCUCAAGCCUACAUUACUAGACAGUUUCUAGUCAACCUUAAGCAGAAUGGGAAGGCUUUACCAGAUGGCCCUGUAGUUAUAUCCCCUGAUGGGCUUUUUCCAUCUCUAUUUCGUGAAGUCAUUAGAAGGGCUCCUCAUGAAUUCAAGAUUGCGUGCUUAGAGGAUAUAAAAGCAUUGUUUCCUCCGGAUUGCAACCCUUUCUAUGCUGGUUUUGGUAAUAGAGAUACUGAUGAGAUUAGCUACCUUAAGGUUGGAAUCCCAAAGGGAAAAAUCUUCACCAUUAAUCCCAAGGGUGAAGUUGCAGUGAACCGCCGUGUUGACACAAGAUCAUAUACUUCGCUUCAUGAUCUUGUCCAUGGCAUAUUCCCUGCCAUGACAUCAUCUGAGCAGGAGGAUUUUAACUCAUGGAAUUUCUGGAAAUUGCCUCCACCUGAUUUCCAUCUUUGAAGGUGUCAACUGAAGAUAAUUUUGAGCAGUGAGAGACGGAUGGAUAUUGGCCUUGCUUGGUCUAGAACUACUAAGGUUGCAUGUGGCCAUAAUAUGAGAAGUCCAGCCGUUUUUGUUGAAGAAACUUUUAGAAGAGACUGCACAAUAGAAUUGAAUUCAUUGGACAUUGUAUCUUGCUUCGCAAACAAUUCAAAAUGUACAAUACUGUAUAGUAGAACAUACGUUUAGUCCUCCAGUGUAAGCACUUCGAAUGUAACCAUAAAUGUACAAUUAAAAUUUCAUUGAAAUUAAAA